CUCAUGCGCGAGGAUCCACGGCGAGGCGCCACAGCCUUGUCUACGCGCCCUGCGACGCCGAAGACAUUUCCUCCGAGUGUCGCUAUUGUGCCUCGUAUUUACGGGAAACCCCACUGCUUUUCUGAAGACUUUUCCUCUAUUAUUUUCUGCCCGCCUGUCUGCGCUCCGCAGUAUUUGCUCAGGGUUUGCGAGAGCGGAGCUGCUUUGUCAUGGCCGCCUGAGUCCCGUAUCUGGGGUCGCGCUCGUCUGUCCUUUCCCUCCUUUUCCCGAGGUCGAGAGCUGCCCGUUGCAGUCGGAUUUCGCAGUUUCUUAGGACCUUAUUCUUUUUGGAAUUAUUCAUGUCAGUGUUCAAACAUGCAGCCGCCGCCGAGAAAGGUAAAAGUCACGCAGGAGCUGAAGACCACGCACACAGAGCAGCUCACAAGACUACACCUUAAGCACCAAACCGAAUGUGAUUUACUGGAAGACAUGAGGACGUACAGCCAGAAGAAGGCUGCUCUGGAGAGGGACUAUUCACAGGCCCUGCAGAAGCUGGCCAACCAGUACCUGAAACGGGACUGGCCUGGCAUUAAACCCGACGACCAGCGGACAGACUACAGGAACGUGUACGGGGUGUGGCGAGCGUUCCUGGAGGGCACUGUGCAGGUGACCCAGUCGCGACUCUUCGUGUGUGACAAUUACAAGAACGAGAUCUCGGACCCGGCCAAAACCGUGCGGCUUUACAAAGAGCAGCAGCUCAAGAAGUGCAUCGAGCAGCUGGGCCGGAUCCAGGCUGAGCUGCAGGACUCAGUGAAGGACCUGGCCAAGUCCAAAAAGAAGUACUUUGAGAUGGAGCAGAUGGCGCAGGCCGUGCGUGAGAAGGCCGACAUCGAGGCCAAGUCCAAACUGGGCCUGUUUCAGUCCAGGAUUAGUUUACAGAAGGCCAGUGUCAAGUUGAAAGCCAAGAGGAGCGACUGCAACUCCAAAGCCACCCACGCCAGGAACGAGUACCUGCUGAUGCUCGCCGCUGCCAGCGCGCACCAGGAUCGCUACUACCAGACCGACCUGGCCAAUUGCAUCAAGGCUCUGGAUGGUAAUGUCUAUGAUCACGUGAAAGAUUAUUUGAUGUCUUUCUGCCGGACGGAGUUGGAAGCGUGCCAGGCUGUCCACAACACGUUCCAGUUCCUCCUGGAGAAGUCCAGCCGAGUGGUGCAGGACUUCAAUCAGCAGCUGUUUCUACAGGAGAAUCCAGUAUUCCACAAAGCACAAGACUUCCAGUUUCAGCCUUGUGAUGGUGACAUGAGCCGGCAGUUGGAGUCAGAGACGGGCACCACUGAGGAGCAUAGCCUCAACAAGGAGGCCAGGAAAUGGGCGACGCGUGUAGCCCGAGAACACAAGAACAUCAUCCACUACAGACGGGUUCUAGAAGAGUGUGAAAGACAGGGAACCCCUCCCACCGAACAGAGCAGGAAUGACCUCGAGUUUAAAAUGGAGGAGGCCAAAGAGAACAUCCGCAAAGCAGAGACUGUGAAGCUGAAGGCAGAGGCGCGUCUAGACCUGCUCAGGCAGGUGGGCGUUUCUGUGGAUACGUGGCUGAAGAGCGCCAUGAACCAGGUGAUGGAGGAGCUGGAGAACGAGCGCUGGGCGUCCCUGCCAACCCUCACCACCCACGACCCCUCUCUCACAGCGCCGGUGGACUUGGACCGGGACGAGGGCGAGGACCCCGAGGAGAACAUGGAGGCGUUCGAUGACAGUAGCUCAAGCCCGUCAGGAACCCUGAGGAACUACCCGCUAACCUGUAAGGUGCUCUACUCCUACAAGGCAUCUCAGCCUGAUGAGCUGACCAUAGAUGAACACGAGAUGCUGGAGGUCAUAGAGGAUGGAGACAUGGAGGACUGGGUCAAAGCACGCAACAAGGCCGGCCACGUGGGCUACGUGCCGGAGAAGUACCUGCAGUUCCCUGCCUCCAACAGCCUGCUGAGCAUGCUGCAGUCACUGGCCGCGCUGGACACGCGCUCCCACACCUCCAGCAACUCCACGGAGCCGGAGCUAGCCUCAGGCAGCAUCAACGGCGACGCCAGCAUGAGCUUUGUGAAGGCCAUAUAUGACUACGAGGGUCAAACAGAUGAGGAGUUGUCCUUCCCUGAGGGCGCCGUCAUCCGGAUCCUCAAUAAGGACAAUCAGGAGGACGAUGGUUUCUGGGAGGGCGAGUUUAAUGGGCGCGUGGGCGUCUUUCCAUCAGUGCUUGUGGAGGACCUGACCACAGAAAACGGAGACUCACACUGGACUUUGGACACCCAGGUGUCAUCGUGCGCGCGGCUGCAGUCGACCCUCCCCCCGCUGCCGCUCUACGAGCAGCCCACCUACAGCACGUAUGCGAGUCCGGACUCCGCCCCUGGCCCGGCCCUUCCCCGCUCACCCUCCGUCAACGGGGACCACAAGCUGCCUGGGUCGCAGAAGCCCCCCGCCCACAAUCACAACUCCAGCCUGAGCCCAGAGAGCCCAGGAUUCUCCCAGCCGAAGAGAUUCCCGCAGGACGGAUCCGGCCCGGGCAAAUUGCGGCCUGUUCGUGCGGCCCCGCCUCCCCCUAAACAGCACCCUCGCAGGAGGUGGAGAAGACGGAGGAGGUGGAGAUCACACUGGUGUAGCAGUGCAGUCACUGUUUUGUACUCAUCUGCGCCUGACCUCAGACUCCUCCCACUGGUCUUGGAGAGGCGGGGUUAGCAAAAAAACACCCUCCCAGCACUCUGAAACAAGGAGUACUGCAUCUCAAAGACACGCCUUCCCUUCUCCACCCCCCCCUUAUCCUUGGAAACACCUCUUCUGGCGUCACAGACUGUUUUGGUGCCUUUAACCCUUUUCAUGCCAAAAUCUAGUCCUCAUAUAUGUAGUCAUACACCGUUUCAAGUCUGGUUUUGAUCUUGAUCAUGAACUCCAGGGUAACGGGUGAAGAUUCUGCUGUCAUUCACCCACCCGAUGGCACAGACCAUGCUGUGCGGCCAGUCUCAUGGCUUCAGCGAUCGAAAUGAUCUGCUGUACAAAUGUGAGAUAGCAGACGUACGCGGACCAAUAGCGUUGUCGGUUUGAACGAGGCUUUAUUGCACACGCACGUCUCCGGAGCGCAGAGGAUGCAAUAUGAGGAGGUGUUUGGGAGAGAGCGCUUUUCCCGAGCACGUCGGCACACAGAGGGGCCAGGCAUAGCAGAGGGGCGGCGAUUGCAAAUACUCUCUGCUUCAGCGCCUCAUAGUCCUAUCUUACAUAUCCCAUUUGCGCUAGUACAGUACAUUACUGUUGUCAUAGAACCUUCAAAAUACACAAGACGUUGCCAUAUGACGUGACCGAGCGGCUGCUUCGCGACGUCACGCACCCUGACGACGUCCUGACGAGAAAGAGAACUGUGGAAGGUGAGGAGAACGAUGUGGAAGGGAAUGAAGGCUGGAUCCUCCAUUUUGCUUUGCUACUUCUCUUCCUCCUUUAACCAGACAUAUCGUCCUCUGCAGCAUACUCAUCCAAGGCCAUUAAUAAUGAAUACACAUAUUUCUUUGCUCCCUUUUUUUUUUUCUCAUGAAUACCUGCAUUUGUAAGUAUUUGUAAUACUUAGCCGUUGAAAGGCAGAGCGAGCAGAGGUUCUUGAGUUUUAAUGGUGCCGGCGUGCGCAUGGGCGGGAACGAAUUGUGAGGCCAGCAGUGCCCCGUUGCCGGUUUAUAGUGUCAAUACAAUUGAUAAAGGAGUAUUAGUUAAAGUGCAUUAUGUUCCUUCCUAGUCCAUAUCUUGCGUUCUUGUUACUUUAGCACUGGCUACUUUAGCUGUCUCACUGCUCCUGGAGGGAGGUACGUUAUUUUCGGAUGUCUGUUGAAGUGAGUUACAGAGGGCUGUGGAUAGACAGUUAUAGAGCCCUUUCAUUGUAUUUACUGAAAAAGAGAAAGAGCAGACCCUAUAGAGUUCCAGGGGCUUUUAUUUUGUACAAGGGGCAGCUGUCUCUCUGUUGUGCAAGUCUGGAGUGUCCUAGUUUGGGUCAGUUUGUAUUUUUCUUUCUCUGUGAGGAACUCGGGGAAAAUCUCACUUAUUAUCUAUGAAGCCAAAAUACGAGUCCUUUUCCCAUUUCAUCCUAAAUGAAGUACUGAUUGCUUGGUAUUUAUAUUAAUAUCAAUCUGUAUCUGUAUUUUGUACCAUAUUUUCAACAGUAUACUAUGUAUCUCGGCACUUUCCAGAAGUUGUGUUGCUUUGUUUCUUUAAAUUUUGUUUUUGUUUGUCACGGGUUGCCCAUUGUCAGUAGCAUAGCUGCCCAACUUUGAGUUUUUGAUCUUGUGUGGAUGACUAUUUCACCUCUGUGGUUUGCAAAAAAAAUAAAAUUUAAAAAGAGUCUUUGUUUAUUCCCUCUGUGUUGAUUGCAGGAGGUAAGAAAAAUGUUUUUUUCUAGAGGUUAGCAUAGUAUUGGUAAUGAGAGCAGGGUUGUGUAAAUAACAUCUUGAUGGAUCUGUACUUUUGAGGAUGUGGGGGUGGAGUAUUGUUUUGGAUGUUUUUAAUCAGUGGAAGAUAUAGGAAUAUAUGUCCUUAUGUCACUUUUUUGUCAGCCUAUUUUCUUGUUGAUCUCCUUGAGAUCUUUCGAAUGUUAUCAAACUUGUUUUGAAGUUUAUACUUUUCAGUGUGGUCCAUCCUGUGUGAGAACUCCUUCUCACUCAAAUUUUGGCUCUUCUUUUUUUAAUAAUACCCACUUUCCUUUGGACAGUUUGGACUCUGCAACUUUUUAAAAAGCUUCAUCCACAUACUCUUGUAAAAUUCUUUUUUUUAAAUUGUUUUUAUUUGAGUUUUUUUGUAUUUUAUUUGAAGAGUACUUAAUGCUGCUGGAUAAAGAUGGCAUACUCUCAGACUUUUGCUGCAGUGACAGUAUCAGAGAACAGGGGAAAACAUUUCUUUCUUCAUAUUAGCUGUAAAAUAAUUUGUAUUUAUUGUGUAAAAAUGUUAAAUAAAAAAAUAA